AUGGCGACCAACAUUGUGUGGCACGACGGCGCGAUCAAGAAGGAGCACCGCUACACAAUGCUCAAACAGAAGGGCGCAACGGUGUGGCUCACGGGACUCUCCGGGUCCGGCAAGUCGACGGUGUCUGUCGCGCUGGAGCAGAUGAUGUUCAAGAAGGGCUACCUGGUGUACCGUCUGGACGGCGACAACAUCCGCUUCGGCCUCAACUCCAACCUCGGCUUCUCCGCCGCGGACCGCAAGGAGAACAUCCGCCGCAUCUCGGAGGUCGCCAAGCUCAUGGGCGACAUCGGCGUCAUCUCCACCUCGGCCUUCAUCUCGCCGUACAUUGCCGACCGCGUUGUCGCCCGCGAGAUCCACAAGAAGGCGGGCAUCCCGUUCGUCGAGGUCCACGUCGACGUCCCGCUCUCAGUCGCCGAGCAGCGCGACCCCAAGGGCCUGUACAAGAAGGCCCGCAAGGGAGAGAUCAAGAACUUCACCGGUAUUGACGAUCCGUAUGAGGCCCCGAUCAGGCCCGAGGUCAAGAUCGAUACUUCCCAGCUCAGUGUCAAUGAGUGCGCCAAGGCUAUCCUUGACUAUCUUGUCGCUGAGGGCAUUAUUCAGCCCAGGGAGGAGGAACCUGUUCCUCUUCCCGCGAAGAAGCCCGUGCAGGCAGAAGCCGCCGAGGCUAACGGUGCCCCAGUUGUCAACGGCUCCACCUGAUUUCGUGCAUACUUGUUUUUGGGUCAUCGCCUUAUGUCAGACGAUCGCUCAUUAGCUUUCCGACCGCUCCUCACUUGUCUCAAGGGGGCAACUUGUAGUCACUCUAUGACAAAGUUACAUAAACACAUAAAAGAAACUCAUUCCGCACAUUCUCGUAUCAA